GAAGUCAAAUUCUGCGGCAUCUGAUUGGCCCAACUGCCGGCAAUAUAUAGUGUUCUAGAACAUUCGAUCGCUCUCUCAUCUAGGCAAGAAGGCGAGGCAGUUGUCGCCACUCCAGCUCUCCAACCGGCAUCUUCAUUCAUCUCGAUUAUCUCCAGCUCGACAAAAUGUCUAAGGGACCAGCUGUUGGCAUUGAUCUCGGGACCACCUACUCCUGUGUGGGUGUUUUCCAACACGGAAAAGUUGAAAUCAUUGCUAAUGAUCAAGGAAACCGAACCACCCCAAGCUAUGUAGCUUUCACAGAUAGUGAGAGAUUGAUUGGAGAUGCUGCUAAAAAUCAGGUCGCUAUGAACCCCACCAACACAGUCUUUGAUGCCAAGCGUCUGAUUGGUCGCAGGUUUGAUGAUGGUGUUGUACAGUCUGACAUGAAGCACUGGCCAUUCAAUGUCAUCAACGAUAAUACCCGUCCCAAGGUACAGGUCGAAUACAAGGGCGAGACCAAGUCAUUCUACCCUGAGGAAAUCUCCUCCAUGGUCCUCGUAAAGAUGAAGGAGAUUGCUGAGGCCUACCUUGGAAAGACUGUUUCCAAUGCUGUGAUCACAGUCCCUGCCUACUUCAAUGACUCUCAGCGACAGGCCACUAAAGAUGCUGGUACCAUCUCUGGCUUGAACGUUCUGCGUAUCAUCAAUGAGCCAACUGCUGCUGCUAUUGCCUAUGGUCUGGACAAAAAGGUUGGUUCUGAGAGGAAUGUCCUCAUCUUUGAUCUUGGUGGUGGCACCUUUGAUGUGUCCAUCCUCACUAUUGAAGAUGGCAUCUUUGAAGUAAAAUCUACUGCUGGAGACACUCACCUGGGUGGCGAAGAUUUUGACAACCGCAUGGUGAACCACUUCAUCACAGAGUUCAAACGCAAGCACAAAAAGGACAUCAGCGACAACAAGAGAGCCGUUCGUCGUCUUCGCACCGCCUGCGAGAGAGCGAAGCGCACCCUGUCCUCCAGCACUCAGGCCAGUAUUGAGAUCGACUCCCUCUAUGAGGGUAUCGACUUCUAUACAUCCAUCACCAGGGCCCGCUUCGAGGAGCUCAACGCAGACCUGUUCCGUGGCACCUUGGACCCCGUUGAGAAGUCUCUCCGUGAUGCCAAGAUGGACAAGGCUCAGAUCCAUGACAUUGUCCUGGUUGGUGGCUCCACUCGCAUUCCCAAGAUUCAGAAACUGCUCCAAGACUACUUCAACGGCAAAGAGCUGAACAAGAGCAUCAACCCCGAUGAAGCUGUUGCCUAUGGAGCAGCUGUCCAGGCUGCCAUCCUCUCCGGUGACAAGUCUGAGAACGUUCAGGAUCUGCUGCUGCUCGACGUCACUCCUCUGUCUCUGGGUAUUGAGACAGCUGGUGGAGUCAUGACUGUGCUCAUCAAGCGUAACACCACAAUCCCCACCAAACAGACUCAGACAUUUACCACCUACUCCGACAACCAGCCUGGUGUGCUCAUUCAGGUCUAUGAAGGUGAGCGUGCAAUGACAAAGGACAACAACUUGCUGGGCAAGUUUGAGCUCACUGGAAUUCCCCCUGCACCUCGUGGUGUUCCUCAGAUUGAGGUCACUUUUGACAUCGAUGCCAACGGCAUUAUGAAUGUUUCUGCUGUCGAUAAGAGCACUGGCAAGGAGAACAAAAUCACAAUCACCAACGAUAAAGGUCGUCUCAGCAAGGAGGACAUUGAGCGCAUGGUGCAGGAGGCUGAGAAGUACAAGGCUGAGGAUGAUGUGCAGCGUGACAAGGUAUCUGCAAAGAAUGGUCUGGAGUCCUAUGCUUUCAACAUGAAGUCCACCGUGGAGGAUGAGAAAUUGAAGGGUAAAAUCAGCGAGGAGGACAAGCAGAAGAUUCUUGACAAGUGCAAUGAAGUCAUCGCCUGGCUUGACAAGAACCAGACUGCUGAGAAGGAAGAAUUUGAACAUCAGCAGAAAGAGGUGGAGAAGGUGUGCAACCCAAUCAUCACCAAGCUGUACCAGAGCGCUGGAGGCAUGCCUGGAGGAAUGCCUGAUGGUAUGCCCGGUGGCUUCCCAGGAGCCGGUGCUGCCCCAGGUGGUGGUGGAUCCUCUGGCCCAACCAUCGAGGAGGUCGACUAAGCCAUUCCAAAGCUACUACACUACCUCCAUAGCAAUGUUUACUGUUGCCCUCUGUAGUUGGACUCCUAAAAUUGUUAUUUUAACAUUUGAGGACCUCAACUUGCAGAGAGAAUGUUGCAAUUAAUAAAAUGGGAUUAAGGGAUCACUUACAAAUCACAGGGAACACAUUUUCUACAUAGAUUGCACAACCUAUUUAUCAAACUGUGAAAUGUUCAUUUCACAAGACUUUUCCAAAAGCCAUUGGUGCUUGAUGUAAACUAAUAAAAUGACGACUUAUUCCCAG